AGUCGGGUCUCCUGGGCAGUGGCGGCUGCGGCGCCGUGGACAUCCUGUCUAUGGCUGGUGGAGAGAUGAGUGGGGACACUGGGGGAAAGGGUCCUGCCCCUGUCGGCCGAUUCAGCUUUAGCCCAGAGCCUACGCUCGAGGACAUCCGACGACUCCAUGCCGAGUUUGCUGCUGAACGAGACUGGGACCAAUUCCACCAGCCUCGGAACCUCCUCCUGGCCUUGGUGGGGGAAGUGGGAGAGCUGGCAGAACUCUUUCAGUGGAAGCCUGAUGAGGAGCCUGGUCCCCAGGCAUGGCCUCCCAAAGAACGGGCAGCCCUUGAAGAGGAGCUUAGUGAUGUCCUCAUCUACUUGGUGGCCUUAGCUGCUCGAUGCCAUGUGGAUCUGCCCCAAGCAGUGCUCUCCAAAAUGGACACCAACCGGCAACGCUACCCAGCCCACCUAUCACGUGGCUCUGCCCGCAAGUAUACAGAAUUACCCCAUGUGGGCAACUCUGAAGACAAGGUUGUGGGGCCUGCAGAUCUUGCUUGUGAGUCUACAGCUCAAGUCUCAACCUAGAAACAUGGACACAGAACCUGCAACUCAGCAUGGCAUCUAAAGUGCAGAGGGUGGCCCAGCCAUAGAACCUUAUUUUAGUCUUUUCCUAAUAGAUCAUGGGUUUGAGGACCCCACUGCCUAAGGUGAGAGGCCCGGAAGCCUCCAGAAGAUAGCCUUCUGGUGUUUUCUCUCCUAAUAAAAUGGUUUUGGGCAACAA